AUGAAGCAAAUAGAAGGAGGCGAUGCCCAAGCAGUAACUGACAUUAUGUAUUUAGAGCUUGAAGGUGAUCCAAACUUCUUUUUUAGUUUUAGAUUGGAUGAAAAAGGCAAAUUGAGGAGUUUGUUUUGGAGGGACUCUAUGAUGAUGGAAGAUUCUGGAAUUUAUGAAGAUAUAGUGGUUUUUUACACAUCCUAUAGAACAAAAAGGUAUAACCUAAUUUGUUCCCCAAUAGUUGGAAUAAACAACCACUGGAAGAAUUGCAUGUUUGGUUGUGCAUUCAUAGGAGAUGAAAAGAUCGAGUCGUUUGUGUGGCUUCUGCAAACUUUCAAAAAGUCAAUGGGAGGCAAAAGUCCAAUAUCUGUCUUUAUAGAUCAGGAUGCAGCAAUGAGCAAUGCCAUAAAUCAGGUCUUUCCAGACGCAAGACACAGAUUAUAUGUAUGGCAUUUUCAUCAGAAUGCUAUUACAAGAUUUGGGGCAUUGAAACGAGAUCCAACUUUUAAGAAGACAUUCAACUAUUGCUUGUAUAAGCGUGUCACUAAAGUUGAAUUUGAAACCAAUUGGAGAUCAAUGUUGCAAACAUAUGAGCUGAUAGGGGAAGAAUGGUUUACAAAUGUAUAUGUUUUAAGAGACAAAUGGUGUCCUUCCCUAAGCAAAGAUUUCUUUUCUGCUGGAAUUUUGUCUUCACAACGAAGUGAAAGCACGAAUCACGCCAUUGGCUUUAGAGCAAACAGAACAAUAAGUUUAACUUACUUCUAUAGAUUGUUCAAAGGAACAAUACAACGUUGGAGAAGUACCGAAAAGGAAGCUGGAUUCUCUUAUAGUAAAUCAAUUGCAUCCUCGGCUUUACCACUAUCUGGAUUGCUAAAACAUGCAUCAGAAGUUUACACGCUGUCACUAUUCAGAGAUUUUGAAAAGGAAUUUGGCUACUCGAUUGCAACAACGACGAAAUUGAUUUGGACACAAGGUAAUACUCAGUUCUAUGCCGUGUCCAUUGACGAAGAACUUUGGUCUGCACAGAGAGUAACCUACAUCCACGAUAGCCAGAAAAUAUCAUGUACUCAUGCAACAACAGCAAGUGCUACAAGUGUAGUGCAAGCUGCAACAAGUUCUGAACCUGCAACAAAUACGACAACUGAACCUCCUAUCGUGUUGGAUCCUGUACGUUGCAUAACAAAAGGAAGGAACAAAAGACCACAAGGACCUGUUGACAAAAAGAAAAAGGGAAAAACUACAGCACCUCCAACAGCAGACUUUGGAACAAUAACUCCAAAUUUCCGAUUAUUUUGA